AUGGCUCAAAUUGUGAGACAGAGUAAAUUCCGGCAUGUUUUCUGUAAGCCGGUCAAACAUGAAAGUUGUAUGUCUGACAUUAGGGUAACAGAAAUCACUUGGGAUUCUCUUUUCUGUGAUGUCAACCCGAAAUUCAUUGCAUUCAUCAAUAGAGGAGCUGGUGGUCCGUUCAUGGUUGUUCCAGUAAACAAGAUUGGACGUAUCGAUAAAGACUAUCCGUUCGUUGAUGCUCACAAGGCACCAUGUCUUGAAGUAGCUUGGAGUCCAUUCAAUGACAAUGUGAUUGCUUCGUGCUCUGAAGAUACAACAUGUAAAGUCUGGGUAAUUCCGGAUAGAGGACUCAGCAGAAAUCUUACGGAACCAGCUGUCGAGUUGACUGGACAUCAGAAAAGAGUUAACACCAUUGCGUGGCAUCCAGUGGCGAAUAAUGUUCUUCUUACUGCUGGAGGCGAGAAUGUAAUGUUCAUGUGGAAUGUUGGAACUGGAGAAGCUCUUCUCGAAAUCUCUGGACAUCCAGAUCAAAUCUGGAGUAUCAAUUUCAAUUAUGACGGAAGCCAGUUUGUGACAACUUGCAAAGACAAGAAAAUUCGAAUUCUCGAUUCUCAUACCGGAGAAGUUCUUCAUGAAGGAACUGGACAUGAAGGUGUCAAACCACAAAGAGCUAUCUUUGUGAAAGAUGGACUUGUUCUGACGACCGGCUUUACGAAAAGAUCUGAACGACUGUAUUCUCUUCGUGCUCCAGAAAAUCUCUCAAAUCCAAUUGUUGAAGAAGAACUGGAUACAUCGAAUGGAGUACUCUUCCCAUUUUACGAUGAAGAUUCUGGUCUGGUUUAUCUUGUUGGAAAAGGAGAUUGUGCGAUUAGAUACUAUGAAGUUAACAAUGAAGCUCCAUUUGUUCAUUACAUCAAUACCUAUACUACAAAUGAACCGCAAAGAGCGAUUGGAUUCCAAUCAAAAAGAGGAAUGUCAUCAGAAGAGAAUGAGAUUAAUCGAAUUUAUAAAUUGACAACUAAGGGAGUUGUUGAUAUUCUUCAGUUCUUCGUUCCACGAAAGUCUGAUCUUUUCCAGCAUGAUCUUUACCCGGAUACCCGAUCAACUAUUCCAGCUCUCACAGCUGAAGAAUUCAUGGAAGGAAAGAACGCUGCUCCGAACCGUCAACCAGUGAAUGCUGCCGCCGCCGCAGCUGCUGCGAAACCAAAAGUUCAAGUUGCCAAGAAAGCGAAUAUCUUAAGCACAUUGGCUCCAACUGCCGCUGAUGUAGUUCAAAGUCAAUCGUAUGCUGAACGACCUCCAUCAUCUCAACAACCAUCUCCUCGUCCUUCUUCUUCUCCGAGACCUCGUCCUGUCGUUGACGAAGAUAUGGGAAUUGUCCCAAUGAGAGAAGCUCCACCAAGUAGGCCUGCCUCUUCAAGAGCAUCUAGAACUGAAAUUCCACCGAAAGAGGAGAAAGGACCAGAUCCAAUGAAACCGAAACAAUCUGUAACUCUGAAGUCUCGUGCAGCUCGAGAUGAGCCAGGAGGCGGUUCUCAGACUCCAGGACAAAGAAGAGCUGCAGCUGAAUUAGAGAGAAUCAAGAGAGAUCAAUCGAGAACUGCAGAUGAAGAUACUCUUGCUCCACCACCUCAACCAACAAGAGCAUCUGCAUCACCACGUGGAAGUGUCUCAUCGGCAUCGGAUGUGGGGCAUGUUCCUCAAAAUAUGGAUGAACUAUUGGAAGAUUUAAUGAAGAUGAAAGCCGUACUUCGCCAACAUGAACGACGCAUUCGGAUGCUCGAAGAAGAAAUCGCUGAUCGAAAUAUGAGCAACGCUUAUUCUUUCUAA